CCGGCUCUAAAGCUCCCGGCGUUCAGUCUUGCUGGCGAGGUGGGCUUGCCAGGCUGGCCCCAGGACCACCCCCCAGGCCACUGGGUUCCUCUCAUCAUUGUCCAUCUGGUAAGCCAGCCAACCCAUCCGACAUCAUCUGCCUGAGCCCUGGUCGUCUCCCCAUCAACCCUGUCCCCCCCCCAACCCCCGGCCGGCUGCCCUGGGCUCCCAGCUUCCGAGCUGCCUGGGCGAAGAAGACAAACACCCGAGAAAGCAUACACAACGUUUAUUGAGCCCUUCCGGUGGGCUGGACCUGAGCCGAGGGCUGGACACGGAGGCUCCCGUUUAAUCCGUCCGAUGUCCCUAGGAGGUAGGUAUUCCUGUUGUCCCCAUUCUACCAAAUGGGAAACAGGGACCUGGAGAGGUGAGUGUCCAGAAGGAAAGGAAGGAGGGCAUCUGGGCUGCGGACUCAGCACGAGCUGACCCACGGGUCCCCGCUCUUAACCAGAGAUGGGACGACCCCAGAGUGCCCCUGAAACCUGUCCCGCCCUGCGGGUUAGGGGCAGGGACAGAGGGCUCUGUGCCAGCCGAGCCGCAUCUGUUACACCCCUGUGACCUGUGCCAUCACAAUCGACCCCAGCUAUAUAACCAGGGGCCGCCAGGGCCUCUGUAAAUCUGGACGUGCUGGAAAAGCAGGAGGGGAGGCCUCUGCCCCUCCAGACGUGGCCUCCCAUGGACACCAAAGCACAGGGCCUCCCCGUCACCCACUCUCAGCCCCACAGCAACUCUCGGCCCCAAAGCCACACCUGCAGCCAGUGCGACUGCAGCCACCACUGCCAGAACUGUAGCCAGAGUUUCGCCACCGGCCGCUGCAGCCAGAGGUCAAGCCCCAACGCGCCAAAGCAUCACAGUCAUACCACGCACUCCCACUCCGGUCCCGCACGGCCCAUCACCCACUCCUGCAGCUACUCCAAGAAGAGGAAGAACCUGAAAAGACAGGGGAGCAAGAGGAAGGCGGUGAAGAGGAGCCAGCGGGUUGGCAAAACACAGAGGUGGCACUCAGGGCGGAAACACAACUGAGAGGCACCCCACGGCUCAUUCCUGUGUUGGUUUCACCCAAAUGAGGACGCCAUCCCGCGUGGAACGCUAGAAGGAAAGCGUUCUGCAGGAACACGUUAUCUACAGGGAUUUCUAUGCAACACUGAUUAAAGCUUGCACACUGGAUGACUCUUCUUGUGUUGGCAUUUUAAUUGCACUAAAGGUGUCUCGCGUUCGGGGCCCUGGUUUGG